GGCGUCGCGGUCCGAGUGGGCUGGCUCGCCUGCAAGCGGCCAUGACCGGCCGAGGCACCCCGAGCCGCUUCUUGGCUAGCGUCUUGCGGAACGGCCUGGGCCGCUACGUGUGCCAGCUGCAGCGCCUCACCUUGACUGUCAGCCGGGAAGCGCAGAGCUCGCGGGGGCUCAGAGAAUACAUUGAAGAAAAGGUGGUGGACUUUGCCAGGCAAAACCCUGGGAUUGUGGUCUAUGUCGCCCCAAAGAGGUGUAGGGUCCCUACAGUGGUUGCAGAAUACUUGAAUGGAACUGUGAAGGAACAGACUUUAACAAGCAAGACAGCAGAAGAGAUUGCAGAAGUCAUCUAUAAGCUGACCAACCAAUCUGGCCUAGACAUCAUCCGUAUCCGAAAGCCUUUCCACACAGAUAAUCCCAGUAUUCAAGGCCAGUGGCAUCCUUUCACAAAUAAGCCCAGUUCACUCAAUGUGAAAGCUGUGGGCCAGAAGUGUCCCAUGUCUGCAGAAAAAUAGAUCUAUACUGUUGCAAAAAGCCUGUGCUUUUUGUGUGUGGGGCUCUGGUGGAGGUUCUGGUUCCUUAACUACAAGGAAGAUAAAUGGGCAGUGAAAAGACUGGACUAGCUUUCUGUGUCUGAACUAGCAGCUGAUGCUGGCAUGCUACAGUUCUGCCACCUGGUUGUAUUUAUCAGUUAAGUCACAGAGUAGUCUUAAUUUUGAGCAGGGCCAGGACCUGGGUGAAACUAGUUCUUCUCUCAAAAGUGUGUUGGUAUGACUGAUUGGUGGGAGCUACAGCUACUGUCUGUGCUGGUAGUUUUGCCCAACUAUAUUUUGUGAUUUUGGGCUAAUGUUAUUCUUACUGAAAUUGGAAAUAAAUGGUGUAGAACCAUA